CGGCCGUAAAAAGUCGAGUCGAAUGGUUUUUAUUGGACGGACAAACCACUACUUGACGUCUCUACAAGGUUCGUGUCGGCACACGUGCUGCCAUCUCUCAGAAUGUGUCCAAACACGCAUGAGUCAUCGGCGACGACAGUGCGCCGACCGUACGCAGCUCUGGAUACGUCUCAUGCUGCUCCGAUACACGCCCAAAGUGUUGCGUCGUAACCUGUUUAAUUUUUUUUUUGCUACUCCAGAGAUAAAAAAGGCCACGAGGAAUAUAGAGUCGUGCUCGAUUCAGUGUAAAGGGAAGAUGAUACAGGAAAUUGAUGUAAGACGUCGCCUUUCUUCAAUAUCGUUGAGGCGUCAGAUCCUUGAAGCGGGAACGACACGCCGACGUGUAAAGUGGUCGGGUCACCGCGGCGGAGAGAAGACCCCCGGUCCCGGGUCAGAAUGUGAGUGUCGGUGCCCCCCGGGGUGUCGGCCAGCGCGGUGGGUUCGGUGGUGGGUCCGGGUGAGCUCGUUGGUUCAGCUCCGGGUGCCGAGCCAUGGGUGAGCCCGCGACCGCCGACACGUGGUCCGCCUGGUUCCUGGACGCGAUCCGCAAGAUCCGCAGCCAGAAGCAGCGGCCCAGCGUCGAGCGGAUAUGCCACGCGAUUCGGCAGCACCACAACUACCACGAGGAGGAGAUCGCCGAGCACCUGGAGGUGGCGGUGAGGCGUGGCGACGUCCUCAAGAUCUUCAACAAGGGCCAGUCCUCCUACAAGGACCCGGGCGGCCUUCAGUCCCGGCCGCUCAAGGUCACCAGGACCGCGGACCUCAGCAAGGUCUUCGGGAAGGCGGUGCGCGAGCUCGGCGAACGCGACGGCUCCACCAUCCGGAGCAUCGAGCGGUACAUCAGGCAGAGCCACACCGUCGAGGAGGAGGCCGAGGGCGACCUGCGCACCGCCCUCCGGCUCUCCGCUAAGCGGGCCGUCGACCGCGGAUUCGUUCUCCAAGAUGGCCGCCUCUUCCGCCAGCCCGACCGGCCGCCCAACCUCUCCAAGAAGCUCGGCGACCCCGCACACCACCAUGGCUCGCGCGAAAACGCUGAGCCUCCGGCCCCUAAGCUACCAGCACCGCUGCCGAUAUGCAGGGAGUGUCUGGGGGCGACGAUGGCCAGCAACAACAACAACACGAAGCGCACCACCGCCGAGAAGCUGAGCAGAUGCAGCUUGUGCGGCGCCGCGCUGCACAACUCGUGCGCGCCGCCGGAGCUUUCGCUCCUGGUUGACCGUGGCGCCACCUGGUCGUGCGACGACUGCUCCCCCACGUGCGCGGGCUGCCAACUAGAGCGGGAGUCCCAGAACUACCUGGUCAAGUGCGCCGGGUGCGUCAAGUGCUACCACCCGACCUGCCUUGACCCCGCGGUGGACAAGAAGAGCAAGGCCCCAUGGCGGUGUCGACACUGCCAGACGGCGCACCACCCUUCCUCGAGCAGGGAGGACGGGAAGAGGCACAAGUCCCAGGACACCUCCCCCCAGUCCGACGGGACGCUCACGAGCGCCAGGAAACGGCUGAGCAAGAUCCGAGAGAACAGAAAAUCGGCAGCGUCCAGAAAGAGCCUGACGGUGUCCAUCCCGGGAAAGAAGGGCAGCACGGCGGUGGCUCAGGUGGACAGCAGCUCGGACGGUAAUGCGGGUGUUGUCUCCCCUCGUCAGCCGGCCUUAAACUCCCCUUCCUUACCGCACCCCCCCGUCCCGCAGUUAGGCCAGGGUAGGCUGCUAGAGGAGAAGAACGACCGGAUCUCGAAGGAGAAGCAGAAGUUCUUUAGGUUGAGCGCGUUCAACGCGGAGCACAGCAAGCUGAGGCGAGCGGCGGGCGUCGGUGAGAAGUCGUCGGGGCCGCUCGGCGCGAGUCCCGGGCCAGGUCGAGGCGCCGACGCCCCCAGGAGAGCAGCGCCCUCCGGCGGCCGGCGAGUUCCGGCUUUCUCCGCCGGGAGCAGCACCAGUGCCGGCAGCAGCGCCGCCAGCAGCGAGGCAAGCAACGACUCGGAGACCUCGGAACCGAGCGAGACCUCCGAGGAGGAGGAGGAGCAGGAGGAGGAGGAGGACGAGGAGGAGACCUCGAGCGAGUCGAGCGAGUCCUCGUCCUCGUCCUCGGACGAGGGAGAGGCCCGGGAGCCCGCGAAGCCCGCGGGCCCUUUCUCCUGCGACCUUAGCGAGGACAAGCCCUGGGGCUUCGCCGCUGCCGCCGCCAAGCUCAACGUCGAGUCGCCCUUCUUCUGCAACAUCACCGGCAUCUUCGGGGCGCCCCUGCCGAAGCUCGACCUGACGAACAAGCCGACCUUCGGGCUGCACAUCCAACCCGCGGCAAGUCCUAGGGACGGGAAGAAGUCGGAGAGGAGCGCGCCCGCCGGCACUGAGAAGUGCAGACCUGGUGCCGGCCAGCUCAGGGGCCUUUUCGACGGUCUCAGCCACUUCUUUUCAGCCCCCACCCACACGAGGGCGCGAUCUGGCGCUCAGGCGCCGAACUACGCGCCGGAUCGCAGGAAACGACCCCUUGGCGAGGAGGGGGCCAACCAGGAGCGGGCUAAGUCGCUGCGAACCGGCCACCACAGGGGCAAGCGAGACGAGUCGCCCGAUGAGGGCAGCUGCUCCAGAGAGAGGAAGAGAAGCCUGGCAGAGGAGUCCCCCAGGGUCCCUAGGCCUGGUAUCUUCGUGCCCUCUGACGAGUGCCUCUACGGACCCGGGGCCGAAAGAGCCACGAAGAUGACCCCCUCGAACCUCGUCAAGACCGCUGUCAAUACCAAACGACACGAGCAGGAGAGGAGAAAACGCCUGAAAGGCGUCGACGAUGCGCCUCUGGUGAAGUGCGCCUCCACCGCGACGUCCCCUGGCUCCGGAUUGGCCAGGCACGAGUCGCUCGCGAAGAAGAACGCCGAGGCACCCCGGUCGCGCCACCCUGAGCCUGACUUUCCGACCUCGCCGACCCCCCUUGGCCAAUCCAGCCCCGUCGUCUCUAAUUCCUCCCCCAAAUCCAACCCUCGAGCCUGUACUAGCGCCACCACCACCAACACCACCACGACACCCCGCGCGACACCCUGCUCCAACAGGAAGGACGAACCCAUGGUGCCUCAAACGUUACCCCCGGGAGUUACCCAGAAGGACGUGGACCUCUUCCGAGAGGCGAGAGACCGGGCCAACCGGCUCACCGUCGACGCCGACGAGGGCGUCCUCUCGGUGAGUCCUGGUGGCAGCGGACCCGGAGCCGGAACGAGAAACCCCGCGGCCAUCGUCUUUGGCCGCUACGAGGUCGACACCUGGUACUCGAGCCCGUUCCCCCAGGAGUACGCGAGGCUCCCCAAGCUUUUCUUCUGCGAGUUCUGCCUCAAGUACACGAAAAGUCGGGCCGUCCUCGACAGGCACAUGGACAAGUGUCAAUGGCGCCAUCCUCCAGCCACCGAGAUUUACCGAUGCAACGGGUUGUCCGUCUUCGAGAUCGACGGUAACGUGAACAAGAUCUAUUGUCAGAACCUGUGUCUCCUGGCGAAGCUCUUCCUCGACCACAAGACCCUGUACUACGACGUAGAACCGUUCCUCUUCUACGCAGUGACGAAGAACGACAAGUACGGCUGCCACUUGAUCGGGUAUUUCAGCAAAGAGAAGCAUUGUCCGGCCCAAAGGUACAACGUCUCCUGCAUCAUGACUUUGCCUCAGUAUCAGAGGCAGGGGUACGGGAGGUUCCUGAUCGAGUUCAGCUACCUACUAUCCAAGGUCGAGGGGAUCCCGGGCACCCCGGAGAAGCCGCUUUCCGAUCUUGGUAGAGUUUCAUACCACUCCUUCUGGAAGAGCGUCGUCUUGGAGUACUUCCACGGGCACCGCGACAUCAAGGAGAUCAAGCUGGAGGACAUAACGAAGGAGACGGGGGUGUCGGCGCACGACAUAGGCACUGCGUUGCAAUUGUUGGGCUUCGUCAGGACCGUGGGAACGCAGGGUGAUGGGACCCCAAAGGUAGCCGUGGUCGUAGACUGGACGAAAGUGGACGCACACAUGGCGAGGCUGGAGAAGAGCACCAGGAUCAAGCUGGACCCGGAGUGCCUGAGGUGGAUACCGCUGCUGACACAGAUUCCGAAUCCAUACCAGAGCCCUGAAGAAGGUGGUGAAACCGGGUCCGACACGUCCCCAAUGAUCGACCCUAAGCCCGUCGCGGUGGUGGAGAAGAUCCAGAGGGUGAAGAUAAAGAAGAAGCCCAGAGGCAGGAGACUGGGUCAAAGGAAAAGCUCGCCCCUGAAGCUGAGGACUCCACAGAGGAUUGUGGAGAACAAGAGGGAAACCAGGGAUACCGAGAAAUCCAGUAGGAGCAGCGAGAGGUCGAAGGACCAAGAGAGGGGUAAUCGAGAUGCUACCGAGAAAAAUGGUAAGGAGGCUGAAAAGAGCGGCAAGGAUUCCGAGAAAGCUGCUAAGGAUGAAGAAAAGAAGAACGGGAAGGAUGCCGAUAAAAGCGGCAGGGAUAGGGAGAAGGGUGGAAAGGACGCGGAAAAGGGUAACAAGGAUGCUGAAAAGAGUGGAAAGGAUGCGGCAAAGGAGACCGGAGACGUUGCCGACACGGAGAAUGAGAAGGAGGAAGUGGAGGUUGGGGUCAAGACCACUUCCGGUGCUUCCAGAAGCGCGAGGAGUUGUCAGGGUCCGACCCCGAAGGCGGCCUUGACGAGUACCCCGAAGACGGUCAUUCCUUUGCUGUCCUCGAGGAGGAGAAUCAGGACGCCAAAGGUCCUUGACCUGCCGACCCCGACGCCUCCCAGGAAACGAAAACAUUCCGAAAAGACUGAAAUUGAAGAAAAGGAAGAGAAGGUCGAGAGCGGCAGAAAGCGUACGCGGGAGUCGUUGAGGGAGAAGGAAAGGGAAAAAGAGAGAGAAAGGGAUAAGGAGCGGGAGAGGGAGAAAGAAAAGGAAAAGGCUAAGGAGAAGGAAAGGGAAAAGGCUAAGGAUAAGGAAAAGGUAAAGGAGAAAGUCAAGGAAAAGGAGGAAAAGAAAGAAAAAUCUAAGGAGAAAGAGGACCCGAUGGAGACCCCGAAGAGUCCUCCGACCGAGGCGCCACCUGCUGCAUCUGCGAGCAUCCAGAAGCCUGCUAAGAAGCAGAGCAAAUUGGACGACAUACUGCUCAAGGUUACCAAUCGGCAAACCAAGUACCUGCAGGCGAAACAAGCCAAGGAAUCCAAACUCAUCGAGGAGAACCUGUGCAAUGGCAAGGAGGAGGUGAAGGAGACGAAGAGCACGCCUGUUUCUAGGCGAAGCAGGGCGAAAGCUCCGGUAACCGAGACCUUGAAGAUGCCAGAGUUGAAGCCCGAGUCACCGUCCAAAGACAGAGAAGAGAGCCCGGUGGUCCCACCUCCUAUUUUAUCCUCAACGACUGACGAAACCAAUGCCAAGCCUGCCGAGAAGGCAGCCGAGGCAUCCCCGCCCACGAAGAACGACCCUGAAAAGACUAAAGAGGAAAGUAACGAGACUCCGGCAGUCCAGGCACCAAAUGGUGAAUCGGUCCAAGUCGUCCAAGUAACCAGUGAAGCACCCACCGCGAGUCCAGGAGAAUAUGAAGGUGGUGACGAAGACGAAGGGGAAGAGGAGGUACCAGCUCCUAGGCCUAAAUCCACUCAACAGGCUGUCGGUUCUUCGAGUCCGAAGGAGAAGAAGGAAGAAUCGGACGCUGUGCCUGAAAAGGAAGCUGCGAAGGAGUCGGAGAACCCUGGUACCAAGAAGGCAGAACCCGAGGAGCAGGUGCAGGAGAACGUUCCCCCCGAAUUUCAAGAGAAGUCUGAAACGACCGAAACGCCAGCAAAGGAGCUGGAAACAUUAACGUCAGUUCCAGAGGUCCCUUUGGACAGGGAUAAACAAAAGGACCUAGAAAAGCCAGAGCAGAUUUAUCCUCUGGAGGCCGAACAGGCAGCCGAGGAAAAACGUAAGGAGAGACCGAAGGACUCCCGGGAAGUCCUGAUCCAGCCCAAGAUCGAGAUCUCCUUGCCGUCACCGUGCGAGAAGAAAGAAACACCUACCAUCGUAACCUCUCCCCCUGAGGUGCAGCCCCCAACUCCUCAGGAGAAACCUGGAAUCCUGAUAACCGAACAUCAGGACCACGUGCAGCUGCACGCGCAGCCUGAAGAGAAGCAACACUCUCCCGAAAGUGGAAAGACGACCCCGCACCUGGAGAAUCCGGGCUCAGUGAAAAGGACCCCUCCUUCUCAGCCAGAUCUACCUUCGAUGGGAGUGUACACCCCGGACUCGACGACCAAUUCCGUGCACUCGCUGCACUAUGCCCAGUGCGACCUGGACGUGAGCCAACUGGGCCUGGAGUCGCCAACCUCGAUAGCGAGCGACCUGGCGUCUCAGAACAGCGUCGAGAGGCCUCCCAGCGCCUUACCUUCCAUGCCGACGUCGGUUGCUGUCUCCAUGUCCGCGUCUAUGCAGAUGAGUGUGGCCUCGGGCGGAGUUGCGGUGAACGUUCCCCAACAGGUGCAGUACUCGGAUUGCUCGAUGCCCCAGCAGGCUUCCACCGCCCACGUGGGCAUUCAUCCGAUGCACCAGCCACACACUCCACAGAGUCUGCAGCAGCCGAGGACCCCUCAAUCCCAUACGCCGCAGAGCGUGCCCACGCAGAGUCCUCAGCCGUUACCGCAGUCGCACACGCCGCAACCCAUGCCGCAGAGCCAUACUCCCCAGCCGAUGUCGCAGUCGCACACUCCCCAGAGCAUCCCGACCCAGAGCCCCCAGCCAAUGCCGCAAUCGCACACACCGCAGCCCAUGCCGCAGUCGCACACUCCGCAGCCCAUGCAGUUGUCUUUGGCUGUCCAGCAACAGAACCAGAACGUCGGCCAUAACGCCUCCCAGCAGGCCCAGCAGCAGUCGGGCCACCAGCAGCAGCAACAAUCCAGUCAUCAGCAGCAACAGCAGCAGCAGCAGCAGCAGCAGCAGUCACAAUCGCAUACUGGGAGCAAGAGGGCCAGCGGCUCUCAGACCACCCAUCGCUCCAGAUCCACCCAACAGAGCAGCAGGUCGCAUCGUGGGACUCCACCCACGCCGCACACCCAAAGCUCCCAGCAUCCCAGCACCACCCACGCCGGUCAUGGUUCCCACGGAACUCAUCUCCCUCCCCAGUAUCAGCAAUCUUCUUCUAUGACCGUCCCCCCCGUUCCUCAUCCACAUUCCCACUCGCACGCGGCUCAUUCGCACAACAUGGCGGUCAUCUCCCAGGGGAACUACAUGACCGUCGCCUCUCAGGCCUUCCCCACCCAGAACACCUAUGUCAUCCAGCACCGAGGGAGCAGGUCGGGGGCGCCAACGCCCUGCACCACUGCUACCAACUUCUACAUCCAGACCAGCGCCAUGCCGCCGCACUCGCACUCCGCUGCGCCAUCUUUGUCCGGUUCUGGGAACCACCAGCCCACCAAUUCGUGCAGCCUGGCGAAGCUCCAGCAGAUGACGAACGGAAUAGACAUGAUCCCGCCUACUCCACCCCCGGCGAUGAACCUGACCCCUCCUCCGCCCAUUCCACACACCAUGACCCCGCCGCAGACCUCGAGGCAGCUACCGACUCCGCCACAGAUGCCCCUGGGGUAUGCCAAAAACUAUUACAACGUGAACACCGUGCCCCCCGGCACCCCGGGACCGCCGAGUAGAUCCGCUUCAAGGUCCUCCGCUAAUGCCAACAUGGCGUCGCUCGCCCAGCCCUAUGCCAGCGAGAGUCUUUAUAGGCAAACCCUCGACCCUGGAGGCUCCUGCCCACAGAUGCAGAGCGCCGCUAGUAGGGUUAGCCCCAACGUGGCGCUGAAUACCAACCUGAUGACCGCAACCCCAUAUGGAUACCGUGUCGCCCAACCCGCGACUGGGUAUAUGAACCAGGCAGCCCAACUUGGCGGCUUCAUGAACCAGGCUAGCCAACUACCGGUCGGCGUGGUCAACGUGCCCGCUCCCUACUCCCAGGAUCCGCAUCAGCAGAAUCCUGCCGCGGUUUAUACGACUUAUCACGGAUACAUCAAUGGCGGACUUAUGCAGCCGCUCAACAGCACCAUGAGGCCUCGUUAGUAUUACGAGGAACCGCAUUGUCGGCUGAAAAAGACAGAGACGCCUACGAGUGGCGUUUUGUAAAGCGCUUUUUAGGGAAGAUACGACUCGGUGUGGUGGUUGAAUGCACUCGGGUUUUGUGGUGGCACCACUGUAACCCGCGAUGCGUCGCAAGCUUGUGGGUUUGUGAUGAAAAGUGGGUGGACGAAGUUUUCGACCCUCGUCGGAUAGAAUUUCGCGACGGAUUGGAAGUAACGGGGUUUACGACUUCGAGCUCGUCGGCACUAUUCCAUGGAAAGGAUAGUGACCAGUGCUUCGCCCUUACGUCGGACUUGCGAUUCCUUCAGAGAAUCGCAGACUACGGGCAUUCGUGCCAUGCAAACAUUGUCCUUUGAAGUUGUCGAGUUAAGAGUGCCGGGGGAGACAUUGGCGUAGUCGAGGUGCACGUUCUAUCCGAAUCUAAUCAAUUGUGAAAAUAAUGAAAUGUAAAUUGUGUUACAUAAACUUAUAUUAAGCUCCGGACGAGCUUGCGGAUACUUGAUAGAGAGAACGAUGGUACCUCAGUCAGAGUGUAUUAGGUUGUUCAACAUGAAGUUGCCGAUUUAAUAACGAUUGUUGAACAACUUAAUAAAUUGCGCCGUUGUUGACGCGUUGCGCUUCUCGGUCUGCACGUCUUAGGGCCCGUUUACAUGGCGCGUUUUCGAACGCGGGUUAGACAAUGCAAUGGCAUUGUUGUGAUGCGCGUGUUGCAUUGAAUAUGUGAACGGGCUCUUAUUCGACAACUUCAGGGCACUUCCACGAAUAGUACACGCGUUCGUUCUGAGCGGCGCUAAUGUUACCGAUCCGUCGGUAAUGCCCUCCAAAGAUCGAGUCGAGCCUUUGUUCGGCGUGCUUCGUCGACUAUCAAGAGACAAAGAGAGAACUUCCUUGACACUUAGCUUCCGACACAUGUUCCGAGAGCGACCCGCUCCCAUAGACUUGCCGAUUCGAAUAGUCUUCUCUUUAGUGUACUCCAACUCUCCAGUAUUUGACCGACCGUCUCCGCCGUUAAAGACACAUCUUCCUCGUUGAACGCAAACUCAAUUGCAAAUGCAAAGAAUGAAUCAUGUAUAAUGCAUGUAGGCAAGCACGAGCGCGCGUUUGGCUCGUUUUCAAUGUUACGUCUUCGCGCAUGCCUGCGCUCGAGGUUAUCCCAUCUUCACUUUGCACUUUCGAUGGUUGUGAACUUAAACUUCGGUUAUUUCGUUGAAUGAGAUUGAAUAUGGUGACCUGGAAGUAGGAGUAUCGUGGGAUCUUCUGAUUAAGAUAGGGAAAAUGGAUUGUGGUAUUUUGUACAACUGUCCAUUUUUGUGAAAUUCAAACUAGGGUGACAUGCAACCGUGGAUCUAUGAAAAACGGAUGAAAGACUUUGACUGUAUAGGUGUAGACUGCGGAGCUGUUGUUUUGAAAUAAUUUACAAUGAAGAAAAACACUGUCUUACUUGCAUAACGGUUUGCACAAUCGUAAAAAUUUAAAGUGUAUAGGUACUUUCAACCUCUUACGCAGUUCAAAAUGGCGCCUAACGUUUGUCUAUUUUCAAAGCUCCGCUUAUCGGCACCGUUAUGCGACACAUGUGUAGAGACCUUUACCGACAUUCGCAAUGUUUAUGUUCCUUAAAACAAUAUCCACUACUCUUUACUAUCUUACACCUUUUGACACCUGUUGUAUUGUACCUCAAAAAGUCGGCGCUGUUCACAAAUGUGAGAUUUCGUCUGUUUCGUAGCAACGUAAGAUGGCCGCCGUAGUCCCCUCAUCUAAAAUCUCACGUUAUGCUCCUCCAUCCGUUUCUUCAUAGACCCGUGCAUAGAACGCAUAUGAUGUAACGAGACGAAUUAAGUUCCUUUGUAUUUGCGUUCGACGAGGGUGACCGACUCUUGAUCGAAUUUCUUUUUGUUUCCAAACCGAGCGCAACCGAACGAAGUACCGGCUCGCUGCGAGCAAAUCUUAAGGGUACAACCGGGAGCCUAUCCUCCACGAAGAUGGCUCCUCAAGGCAUGGGUUCUCAACUUGUGCAUUUAAUUAAGAGCGAGAGAUAGACACACACCCUCUACCUUGAAGACUCGGCCACGAGUCAAAAGGUAGCCGUUUCCCCCGGGAAUAUCCCGAAGGUGUAUGCACCCCGCAUACCCGUUCGGUAAUAAGCGAAUACGUAUUUUUCGUAGGGCAUUCCCCCAACCCGACCCCGUGAUCCCCCCUCCC